CUUUGACUAAAAUAGCCUAUAUAAGGUCAUGAUGCAAUAGCAAGUUCCAGCAUUACUCACACUUGUCGAUUCCCUUAACGAUGGCUGAGCAAAAGGCACUGUUCCUCGAAGCUGCACAGGGCGAAUUUCGUGUUAGGCAAACGUCGAUUCCGAAACCUGGCCCUGGAGAGCUCCUUGUAAAGAUCCAUGCGACCGCUUUGAACCCUGUCGACUGGAAAAUUCAGGCGUAUAACUACUUUAUCACCGAGUAUCCUGCCAUCCUUGGAACGGAUUCUGCUGGUACUGUUGAGGCAGUUGGCGAAGGAGUGCAGAAUUUUGCGAAAGGAGACCGAGUUGUCCAUCAAGGCUACUUCACCAAUGACAAGGCAACGUUUCAGCAAUAUACGAUAGUGCCAGCUGAGAUAACAGCGAAGCUGCCUCCCGAUAUCUCUUUUGAUGAGGCCGCCUCAGUCCCACUUGGCCUCGCAACUGCCGCAGUAGGACUUUACGGUGACAGACCAACCGGUGUCCAGAAGUAUAAGCCUGCGUGGGAGGACGGUGGUGAAGGUUUAUAUCGUGGAAAACCGAUUGUCGUUUUCGGAGGAUCGACAUCCGUCGGGCAGUACGUUAUUCAACUGGCUAGGCUCUCUGGGUUUUCACCUAUCAUUACAACUGCUUCAUUGCACAAUGCCGACCACCUGAAAUCGAUUGGUGCGACACAUAUCAUCGACCGUAAGGCGGAUGUGCCAGCCAAAGCCAAGGAGAUUCUUAGCAGCACGCCAAUAGAACUCAUUUACGAUGCAGUUUCGGAAGAGGAUACCCAGAAUCAGGCGUGGGACUUGCUUUCGCCUGGCGGAACACUCGUAAUCAUCCUUACGUCAAAAGUCGACAAAGGGAAGUAUAAGGACAAGACACUUAUUGAUACCGUUUUCGGCAAUGUGCAUGCUCCAGCAGCACGACAGCUUGGUAUAAGUCUCUAUAGCAAGCUGAUACGCUUACUUGAGGACGGGACUAUCAAGCCAAAUCGUGUCGAGGUACUUCCGAAUGGUCUAGCUGGAAUUGUGGAUGGUCUUGAACAGAUGAAGGCAAACAAGGUUAGCGGAAAGAAGCUUAUUGCUCGUCCGCUAGAGACUGCUUAGGUGAGAUGAGUGUAUAAGAGAGGCGAAGAAGAUAGUCGUUGCGCCAGGUUUGAUGCUAGGAAGAACGAUUUAUGUGUAUCGUAUUGUAUUAGUGACAACAUGUCAAAUCUAGCGGGAUUCGCUAGCAAUCUACUUGUUUUAAGCAAGGC